GGCCUGAGUUGCGGAUGGCGGGAUGGAUGAAUUUUUUCGGAGUUUCUCUGUUGAACGGUCGGCGCGCAUCGCUUACUUUAGCGGCUUGUUUCUUUUUAACCAUGAGGGUUUGGGUGGCGGCGACAGGAGAAAGCGGGCAAGUUGUCUACAUUGUAGAAGACAAAGUCCAUCGUUUCAGUACACAGAAGAACCUUUGCUUUAAGAAUGCUGUGUUACCUGGAUGGAGAGAGAUUUGGACCCGGAUUCAGAUCCGAGUGAACAGCUCUGAGAAAUUUAAAGUGAAGCAAGUAGAUGAUGAAAAGGAGCUAGAAAUUGCAGGGGUGUGGAGUUGGAUUAUCGAGUCGACAGCAUCCAUGUUAAAGGAGAAAGUGAAUGAAACUUACAUUAACGUUGAUCUUUUCAGCAACAAAUCCUGCUUUAAAGUGGAACCGAGCAACACUGAGGCUUGGUUUGACGUUCUGUUGACAAGACGUUUUGAUCCACAGCUGAUCCUUAUCUUCACUUUUGGGCUGCUGCUGUUCUUCUAUUCUGAAACCUUAAGCAGGAGUCAGCUUUUCUUCUAUACAACAGGAAUGGGCUUUGGAGUUUUGGCUUCACUCCUCAUUCUCGUCUUUGUCCUCGCUCGUUUACUCCCCAAGAAAAGUUCUCUCUACUUGCUGAUGGCAGGCGGUUGGUCCGUGUCUCUGUAUCUGAUUCAAGUGACACUGCGGAAUUUACGUUUUCUGCUAAGAGAGUGUUGGCAGUAUGUUUUAGGUUAUGUGACAGUAUCUGCCUUUGUCAGUUUUGCUGUCUGUUACAAGUAUGGUCCACUGGAGGAGGACAGAAGUAUCAAUCUUCUAAACUGGGCCCUACAACUCAUUGGACUGUUACUGAUAUACUUUGGUAUCCAAGUACAACAAGUUGCUCUGGCACUCAUCAUUGUAGCUUUCUGCAUCAAGAACCUAGAGCGUCCACUUAGGUGGAUGUACACGACAUACAAACAAGUGUUCAAGAUAAGAGGCAAGCCAAAACCGCGAAAGCUUCUAACUGAUGAGGAAUAUCAGAGGCAAGGAGAAGUAGAAACGCACAAAGCCCUGAUCGAGCUGCAACACUACUGCAGUAGCCCUGAGUUCAAUGCAUGGAAAAUGGUGUCCAGACUUACAACACCAAAGAGAUUUGCUGACUUUGUUGAAGGAAAGUCUCAUCUCAAUCCCAACGAAAUUUCUGUUCAUGAACAAGAAUAUGGAUUAGGUGGAUUAUUUUUAGAGGAUGAAAUCUACGACAAUGGUUUCGAUGAUGACGAAUCUUGAGACUGGGCCUAGAUAGUACAUGUUCCCCAAUCGGAGUGAGAUCUGUGUGUCAAAACCAAGCUCGCUUCCAUACUGGAGGAAGCUGCUUGUGCUGCUUCAUGCUUGACUUGUCGUUUGAAAUACUGAAAUGAUCAAAAAGACAAAAAAUUGCAAAUGUACAUUCAGCAAUUCAUUUAAUUCAAUGGAAUGUUUCCAAACUGGACUGGAUUAGAAGGACUGAAACUGAUGUGCUAUGUGCAGCAAGUUUGGAUUAAGUUUGCAAAAAUACUCUCAAAGGUUUGGUGUAGUGUUCCUGAAUUUGGUCCCUUCUCAGGUGUUUCUAUUUUUAAUGACUUUACUGACCAGUCCUUGACUUUUAAGAAUGUCACUGAUGCACUGCUUGGAGUUCAAGAAAACCAACAGACAUAAAUACACUGUGGAAACAAUAGUUGCUAUGAUUUAUAGGGGUGGGAAAUGAAAACCACAAGUAGCAGUUUUGAAUUCUUUUAACUGAGAGAAAUCUUUCAAAAGCCUAAUUGAAUUUUCAAAAAUUUUUAAUUUUUUUCUUAUCUAAAUUUAGCUUCCAUAAAAUACAUUUUACUUUGAAACUCUGACAGCACCACUUUUUUUCUGUUUAUUGCUUAUCAUUGGAAAGGUUGGAUACAGACUAUACAAGUUUCAUCAGUUGAAUAACUGCGUGUACAGUGGAGGCAGAUUUUGGCAGCUCAAUUGUUACUAUUUGAUUUUUUUUUAAGUGAACUAUUUGCUAUUGUUUUAAUGUCAGUUUCUUACUGUGUGCUUUAUACAAAAUGUGAACCUUUAACUGAGAAUAUACAGAUUAACUGUAGCGAUAUAUUCAACCAGAUUAUAUCAACUC